ACUUCCUUUCCUCCAUUCGAUUGCAACCAUGGGCCGUCGACCAGCCCGCUGCUACAGGUACUGCAAGAACAAACCCUACCCCAAGUCCCGUUUCUGUAGGGGUGUGCCUGACCCCAAGAUCAGGAUCUUUGACCUGGGCAGGAAGAAGGCCAAGGUGGAUGAGUUUCCCCUGUGUGGCCACAUGGUCUCUGAUGAAUAUGAGCAGCUGUCCUCAGAAGCUCUGGAGGCUGCCCGUAUCUGUGCUAACAAGUACAUGGUGAAGACCUGCGGUAAAGAUGGUUUCCACAUCCGCAUGCGUCUGCAUCCUUUCCAUGUCAUCCGCAUCAACAAAAUGUUGUCCUGUGCCGGAGCUGACAGGCUCCAGACAGGAAUGCGUGGUGCUUUUGGUAAGCCACAGGGCACAGUGGCCCGUGUGCACAUUGGUCAGGUGAUCAUGUCUGUGCGUACCAAGGCCCAGAACAAGGAGCAUGUGGUUGAAGCCCUGCGCAGAGCCAAGUUCAAGUUCCCUGGCCGCCAGAAGAUCCAUAUCUCCAAAAAGUAUGGCUUCACCAAGUUCAAUGCCACCGACUUUGAUGACAUGUUGGCUGAGAAACGUGUCAUUCCCGAUGGCUGUGGUGUCAAGUACAUCCCCAAUAAAGGACCUCUGUCCCGCUGGAAGGCCAUCCAUGCUGUUUAGAGCACUUGUAGCUUUUCAUUGACUACAACCAAUAAACGUGGCUUUCAUUA